AUGGCCAUCCCAAUCCCCGCAAAACUGGCCGAGGCCCAAAUCAGCCAGUUCGCACGUCGCGCGGCCCAGCUGGAAAAGUUCAAGCCCAUCAUGGCCUACUGGCUGCGAUUCUACAUGAUCCAGAAGAUACUGUCCAAGAAUCUUCAUCUCGCGGACCCAGAGUGCACCACAUAUGCCACUCAACUGAUGGAGAAGCUGGAGCAGACCAAGGCCGACUAUCCGUCCGAGGACGCCCUGCACGACGACAUGGCCGCUCAGGCAUACUGCGAGCAGUUUGCCCUACAGACCUUCGCAAAAGGAGACAAUGACAUCCGAGCGGACAAGGUCACCGCGGCGACAGCCGAUACACUGCUAGCCGCAUCGACCUUUCUGGAGCUUCUCUCCAUCUGGAAGGAUCCCCCAGAACCCCACAUCAAAUCUAAGAUGACCUAUGCCAAAUACCAUGCUGUGCGCAUUACAAAAGCAAUACGGGCUGGGGAGGACCCCAAUCUGUCCAAUCCUAAGCAACAAGCUCCUGUUGCCUCACCCGCUACACUGGACCCGAACGACCCAGAGGUUCAACAGAUCAAUGGUGGUGCCCAACAACCGCCUGAGAAUCCAGCAUAUCAACCAUAUGUGGAGACAGCGCCGAACACUUCUGGGCAUCCGUCGCCAACCUUCACCGCAGCGGGACUUCCUACGUCCCCGCCAGCUGCUCCUGCCACGACGUCUCAGCCCGGGCAUGAUGCCUCUACCACUUUCUCACCUCAGCAAGAUGUAUCGCCCAUAUCACAACCCGCACAUUCUCGCGAGGGUUCAGCAUCAGUGAUUUCCGUAGGUGGAGGAUAUUUCCCACGUGUCGACGUUCCCACCUUUACGGCCGAAGCUGCACCAGCAGUACCUAGCGCAUCGAUGGACGCUGACAUGACCAAUCCUUACGAGUUUGGGAGAGCUCCACCAGCAGCACCGCCCCCUCACCCUCUUCCGCCAGCUGAUAGCUCAGAGGAUCAGGCUCCUCCCAACGCAGCGCGCCAGUCACCGGCCUUCUUGCAACAACCAUCGCAACCACUAGUACCCGCAUCUUUCCCAUCACAACAGACUCAGCAAAAUCUGCAUUCUCCGCGAGCAGCUCUUACAACAGCGCCACAGCCCUCACCCCAGCUCUAUGGGGCAGCUACUGCCGGUGCGUUGCAACCGGAAUAUCAAGGCUCAUUCAGGACGGAUGAGGAUUCCUUGGCCGAAGCCCAAAAACAUGCGAAAUGGGCCAUCUCAGCUCUCAACUUCGAGGACGUCAAUACUGCGGUUAAGGAGCUGCGUACCGCCUUACGGGCCCUUGGGGCGACAUAGACAUAGGACUUCGGCUUUGUUGCGUAAGCGAGUAUCUUUUCUGUAGACUGCGAUACCCUUGUUAGCAAGAAUUUGGGGCCAUGUACAGUGUUUAUCUUCAUUGCCGUAUGGGCAUAUAGCAUCUUGAAUGAGAACGUGUGGUGUAAGAUUUCUGGAUGUCAUUCAGAAAUCAGAACCGAAGAAGGCCAAGAAGUAAUGACAGCACCCCGAUGUAGCUAUCAUUUCAUGAUUGCAAGGGCAACUGAAACAACAAGGACCACAUGACACCUAGUUCUCUUCAUCAAUAGAAAUGAUACUAACCACGAC